CACAAAUAUCACCGUAUAUGUAUGUACGUGAAGUUACCGAGACGUGCAUGAAAGUCCAUGAUUGACUCCCAUUUUCCUGCCAUUUUCGUUAUCACUAAGACUACUACUAAUACACGAAUACACUAUCAUGGUUGGAGCUCCAUCGCCCCUUUCAAACGUCUGCAUAAUCUGAGCUGCAACCUCACGGUACCUCGACCGUCAAAACGUAAUCCAAGUGCGCACGAUACCCCCGACAGAGACUGCCCACAGUCGAAUGCUGUGCAACUAACUUCCCCACCAUAGUGCGCGGAAACCCAUAAUCCAAUAACAAAACAAAUAUACUAGCCAGG